CACCACUUAUUUUAACUUUUUUAGGCUCAAAAAACAACAUUACGUCUAUCGCUAUAAAUUUAAUUACGGCUAUCUUACGGCACUGUUAUGUAAUCACACAUCACAAAAUUUCUGCAGCUAUAGUAAACGCUAUCGUCAACCAUGGUAAUAAAAACAUAGAUUCAUGCAUGACCAUUACAGGUUAUCAUGAGGUUACGAAGCAAUUAUUAAUCUCUCAAGUAUUCAAACUUCGAAAGAUGUUUCCACAAUUUUCAAACAAUCUACAAAUAGGCUUAUUAGAAUCUACACUCUUUUUGCGGGGAUCGCCUGAAGAAUCAUUAGGGUCUUUUUUAAGAGGAGAUUUGAUUUUAAACCUAUCCAAACCCAUGGAAAUUAAGAAAAUUGAAAUGAAAUUCGUGGGUAACCUUCGAGCAUAUUGGACAGAUUCAAACAAAUCAUAUUCAGAAAAUUUAAUAAAUCAUAUCUGGUCAUUUCUUGAACCCACGAUCUCUUCUUCUGCUACCAACCGAGUCUCAAAAUCGCGUAUACGACUCUUCUCAAUAAUAAGUGGCUCACAAUCACAUUUGAUUCCAGCCGGCGUAUACACAUUUCCAUUUGAAUUAUAUUUAUCUGGGUCUUUACCUGAAACCGUAAAUACAAAAUUUGGCAGCAUAAACUAUAAACUGACUGCUACCGCAACUAGACCACGCUUCUUAUUUGAUCUAAACACAACAUUGCCGGUUAAAAUAAUCCGAACGAUAUCAGAUCAAAGUCAAGGAGUUGGUGUUGCCAUAUGUAAAGAAUGGAAAAAUAAAUUUAGAUAUGAAAUUACCAUGCCGAAUAAAGCAAUACGAAUGGGAAUGCCUAUAGAGAUUGAUAUUAGAGUAUUUCCCCAUAUCAAAAAAUUACAAGUAAUCGAUGUGGAAAUAUUGUUAAUUGAGACUACUACAUAUAAAGUUGAAGGACAAAAACGGUUUGAGUCAAAAACAGUGGCAAAUUGCAAAUAUAUUAAAUUUGAGCAAAUAAAAAAGAAAGACGAUGAAAACAAUCACUGUGUAGUCUGUAAAGAAAACCGAAAUGAAAAUGUUGAAAGUUUUUAUUAUACCAAAAACAUUUCAUUUCAAACAUAUAAAUCCUCGAAUAAGAUGCAUUGUUCUUGUGCUACCUCCUGA